AUGGAGGCUCGGCUGGCAUUUGCUUGUCCUGUUUCUCGGCCGCCUACUUGUAAUCCGCUGCCAGCCAAAUCGCUCGCUCACUCCCACCCUCGUCAGCCUCCGGCAGAUCCUCCUCCUCCUCCAUACCGCUCGAAGCUCCGUCCUCCUCCUCCCGACACCUCGAGAUCUCCGCCCCGGACCCGUUUCUCCGCCGCCAAGGCCCAGCGCCGCCGCCGCCCGGCCCUCCCUGUCGCAGGCGACGCCGCCGCCGCCAUGUCCAAGUCUGGAGCCCUGGAUCUCGCGUCGGGCCUUGGCGGGAAGAUCGACAAGGAACAAGUCAAAUCGGCGGUCGACGAGUAUGAGAAAUAUCAUGGAUACUACGGAGGGAAGGAGGAAUCGAGGAAAUCCAACUACACCGAUAUGGUUAAUAAAUAUUAUGAUCUUGCUACUAGCUUCUAUGAGUAUGGCUGGGGUGAAUCCUUCCACUUUGCUCACAGGUGGAAUGGGGAAUCUUUAAGGGAAAGCAUCAAAAGGCACGAGCACUUUCUGGCUUUACAGCUUGAGUUGAAACCAGGGAUGAAGGUUUUGGAUGUCGGCUGUGGAAUAGGCGGGCCAUUAAGAGAAAUUGCGAGAUUUAGCUCCACCUCAGUUACUGGAUUGAACAACAACGACUACCAGAUAACUAGGGGAAAGGCGCUUAAUCGGUCGGUAGGACUUGGCGCUACUUGUGAUUUUGUCAAGGCAGACUUCAUGAAGAUGCCAUUCUCUGAUAACACUUUCGAUGCUGUUUAUGCCAUUGAGGCAACAUGCCACGCACCUGAUCCGGUUGGCUGCUACAAGGAGAUCUACCGUGUAUUAAAACCCGGGCAGUGUUUUGCUGUAUAUGAGUGGUGCAUUACCGAUCACUAUGAUCCAAACAAUGCAACCCACAAGAGGAUUAAGGAUGAAAUUGAGCUUGGGAAUGGCCUGCCAGAUAUCAGAAGUACUCGGCAAUGUCUUCAAGCUGUUAAAGAUGCUGGGUUUGAGGUUAUUUGGGACAAGGAUCUUGCUGAAGAUUCUCCAUUGCCUUGGUACUUGCCCUUGGACCCAAGUCGGUUUUCUUUGAGUAGUUUCCGGUUGACUACCGUGGGACGAAUAAUUACUCGCAAUAUGGUCAAGGUAUUGGAAUAUGUUGGUCUGGCUCCGGAAGGCAGCCAGAGGGUCUCUAGUUUCUUAGAGAAGGCCGCGGAAGGUCUUGUCGAAGGUGGCAAGAAGGAAAUCUUCACCCCGAUGUACUUCUUUGUGGUUCGGAAGCCUCUUUCAGAAUGA